AUGGGAUCUUCAGACACUGGGAAAUUCAAGAUCCGGUGUCAGUGUGGUCAGGAUCUUCUCUGGGUCACUGACUGCCAACUUUUCGUUGUGUCCUUCCAUGAGAGGGCACUAAUCCUGUUCGAAACUCGUUUUAAGAGCCUGCAGACAGAGACAGCCACUUAUUGCUUUUGCCCCCUGGGGAUCCUUUCUCCUGGGCCAGCACUAAUCAAGCCUGAUAGCUUUUCCAAUCACCACUCCCAACGCUCAGAGCUGGGGAAGAAACUGAAGGCAACUGUGGAUACUGGGAAACUGGUGAGCGAUGAAAUGGUAGUGGAGCUCAUUGAGAAGAACUUGGAGACCCAUUUCUGCAGAACUGGCUUUCUUCUAGAUGGCUUCCCUCCGACCUUAAGGCAGGCCAAAACGCUCGAUGACUCGAGGAAAGAGAAGCUUGAGUUCAGCAUCUCGGACCCCCUGCUGAUCCCGAAAAUCGCUGGAAGGUUGAUUCACCCCAAGAGUGGCUGGUCUUACCAUGAGGAAUUCAACUCUCCAAAGAGCCCAUGAAAGAUGGCACCGCUGAGGAACCCUUGAUCCAGUGAUAAUGAGAAGGCCUUGAAGGUCUGUCUGGAGGUCUACCACACUCAGACCACCCCACUUGGGGAGUACUACAGGAAACAGGGGAUCCACUCUGCCAUCGGUGUGUCCCAGACCACUGAUGUCCUGUUUGCAAGCAUCCUAGCAGCCUUCUCCAAAGCCACCUCCUAG